AUGGCAUCUGGCCAAGAGAAGGAUAUGGCAAGGGAGGAAGGGCCCACUGCACCUAAUGAGGUGGUGAACAAUGCUGCUGAGAUUGACCUCAAUCAAGAUGCGGCAAUGGCUGACAUUGAGUUGGAUGAUAUUGAGGACUUGGACCUGGACCUUGGAGAUGAGCAUAACCAUGGUGAAGCUGAGAACCAUGAUGAAGCUGAGCACCAUGGUGAAGCUGAGAACCAUGGUGGCGCUGACAACCUUGGGGAAGAGGAUAACACCGGUGGAAAGGAGGCCACUGGUGAUGAAAAUGACUUCACUGAGGGUGAAGGCAUGACUUAUCCUAUCUCCGAGGAGAUUGUCCAACUCCAGGCUAAGGUGGCAACUCAGAAUAUCACCAUCCUGCAGCAGCAGACGUCCAUUGAUGGACUCAAGAAGCACACUCAGAACCUCGAGGCUAGACUGAGCAUUACCAUGAAGGAGGUUACAGAGACGGAGGUGCAGCCUUGGCUCGACCUGGUGGAUUCCACCAUGAUCCUUGCAAAUGUGCGCCCCGAGGCUCGCGUCACUGCAGCUACUCGUGCGUUGGACGAGGUGGCCCGCAGGGCCGUGUAUGGUGCUAAGAAGCAGGCACAGGGACCGUUUGAAUGGCCAGAGUUCUGCACCGCGCUAAAAGAGGUAUUCAUGGUCAAAAAGUCCAACCUAGAACUGCGCGGACGCCUUGAGCGUAUCAAGUGUCAUGACCGUUCGGUGCAGGAAUAUGUGGUCGAGUUUGAGGCCGCAGCACGCUUGCUCCAAAAGCCCUUGGCUGAGGAGGAGAUGAUGCACAUCUUCAUGAAGGGCCUCCCUGUCAACCUGCAGCAGGCACACAUGACCGGCGGCAUGACCAAUUGGACGACUUACAAGGAGAUGAAGGAGCAGGUGAUCAAAACCGACAACAUCAUUCGCACGUACAUUUUUGGCCCCGAAAAGACAAGCCUGCAGCCCCGUGCUGAGGGCUCUGGUGGUCAUGGGAACCGGCCCCAGAAUGCGAAGGGUGGAAGCGGUUGGAACAAAAGGCCUUUCCAGCAGCGUGAUCACCAGCCUGGCCCACAGGCCAAGAGGCCUAACGGAGGGGGAGGUCAUGGACCUAACAAGCCGGACUUCUCCGACAAGCAGUGCAGAGGCUGUGGAAGGAUGGGGCACGUCAUAAAGCAAUGCCGUGAUAAGAAUGCUAUCAAGUAUUCUGGGAAGCCUAAGCCAGGCGGAGCUGGACCUUCUGGAAAGAAGGAUUUUCAGAAGCCCAACUAG